UUCUUUUUAACUCCUAGAGACAGAGGCAAUAAAUCAAAGAACCACAGAAAUCUCUCAGCCUUUGUCUUGAGAUCAAGUGGGGGCCACCUCACUCCUGGCCACUGGAGACCCUUGCACCAGUAUGAACUCCGACAACGCCCUCAAGCUGCUGCUCCGUGUCCUUGAUAAAUACAGUGUUUCUUUGCCAGUAAGAAAGCCAUUAGCUCAAAGCAGGCUGCGUGGCCUCAGAUGGCACCACUAGGAUUCAAGGGGCAUUGUCACUACCAACUCAAUGGGCCACUUAGCAGUGAGCCAUGGGCCACCUCCUGAAGUGCACAUAUAUGCACACACAUACACACAAACCUGCACGUGUGCUUGCGGUCACCUCCCCCAGGGGCUGAGGCCGGGCCGGGCAUCCCACAUCACAAGGCUGAAUAGCAGGUCUGUGCUGCCUGCUGUGUGCUCUCUCCCCUCCUAAGCCAGCGGCAGACAGGCAGGGAGUGAAGCUGGAGGAGCCCACGCAGUCUGCUCCCGGUUCCGUGCCUGCGAAGGGACCCAGGGCAGCCAGAUGGAAUCAGAAAGAGAAAUCAGCGACCUUCAACCCGGGCACUCCAGCCCAAGAAGGAACCAGCCCAUCAACCUGAACCAUUACACCACCAAGAAGAGUGUGGCAGAGAGCAUGCUGGACGUGGCCCUCUUCAUGUCCAACGCCCUGCGGCUGAAGGCGGUGCUCGAGCAGGGGCCGUCCUCCCAUUACUACACCACCCUGGUCAGCCUCAUCAGCGCGUCCCUGCUCCUGCAGCUGGUCAUCGGGAUCCUCCUGGUGCUCAUGGCACGGCUGAACCUGAAUGAGGUAGAGAAGCAGGGGCGGCUAAACCAGCUCAACAACGUGGCCACCACCUUCAUCUUCCUCACCGUCGUCAUCAACGUCUUCAUCACAGCCUUCGGAGCGCAUCAGACGGGGUUCCUGGCUGUCAGGGCCUCAAGGAACCCUCUGUGAACACAGCAGGGACCUGGGUGAGGGAGAAGGCCGAAAGGUAGCCGGGGUCAGGGGCGCCCCCAGGCGGCCGGCCCUUCUCUCAGCUCUGGAGGUUGGGUUGGGAGACAUAGCCCUGCAAGGCAAAAGGCCGAAGCCUAUAGCGCUGGGGGCCAGGGUAUCUGUAAGACCUGGGGCUGGGGCUCUGUGAGGCCCUGCUCAGGCUGCGGGCCCCCCGCGGGGGCGGGUGGUGGGGGAGCAAAGGCCGGAGAUGCCGGAUUUCUCCUCGCGCUAUGGAGAAAUCCCUGCUGCUCAGAUAAUGGGCCAAGAGCCAGCAACAGCAGCAAAGCCGCUGGGGGCCUCCCAGAAAGGCAGUCUCAACACCUGCAUCUGAACAGCUGGCAGCACAGUGUGCGCAUGUGCAAGUCCGACUUGCGGCCGCCCCCGCCUUCACGCCGUCUCUGCCUCCUCCGCAGGUACUGGGUCUGCAGCUGUUCCGCUUCCUUCCUCUCCCUGCUGCCAGGGGGGUGGGCGCUCUCCACUGCCCCUGGGAGAGCUCCCUUCGUGGCAGUGUAGCUGUCCUCGCUCCCAACCACACGAGCCGGAAUUAAGACGUACUGCCUCACUGGGCUGGAGUUCCGAGCUCAGCCCUGGGUACUGCCGGCCUUUCCCGUCGUGGGUGGCACCUCCAGCAUGUGAGGCGCGUCUGCACAGCCCGGCUCCACCCAGCCUAGGGACUACGCUUCUGACUUCGCCCCGUUGCUUUCCGCUGCCCCAGGCCUCAGUUUCCCUUUCUGUAAAAUGGAAUGAUUUCUAUCUAUAAAAGUUUCUGCAAAUCCA